UAAUAAUCCUUUUGGACAAAAUAAUAUUGCCACAACACAAACAUCUAUCAAUACUAAAAAUAAUACUCAUAGUAUAUCGAACUUAAUACUCUUAAUAAUACAUGAAUACUUGGUCAGAAAAUAUAAACAAACUAAGAUAGAACUCCUGGAAAAUGAUGUAAGUGAAGGGAUCGAGCAAGCUAAGAAAAUACCUAUAAUACCCGAGCAAGCUAAGAACAAGUCAGAAGAUAAAAAGAAAAAGAAAAAGAUCAAAGUGGAAUUAUCAGUAUUUAUCUUCUAG